AUGCCUCAGGUCAGGAUAAUCGCGAAGAAUUUCAUGGACAUGGUGGCAGCCCUGCCGGCCAUGAAACUCGACAAGCUUUACGACAGCUCUCUUAUCUGCGAGGCUGUCUUAAGGUGGAACCCUCUCCCCUGUCGUCCCUCUGUUCGGUCAUAUUUGCUGUCACUAUGGUUUCAUCGUCAGGGUGAAGAGUAAUGGGGUCGUAGAUGGAGAUUGAUUGCGUCUCUCACGGUGACAGAACGGUCUGGUAUCGUUAUAAUUGUCUUCCAGUGAUCUCAAACGUGGAUAUUAAUCAGAAAAAGGAGAAGCAUGGAAAAUGCUUUCGGACAUUUAGGUGGGAAGUAUUCCAUGGCUACAUCCUUUCUCUCCAACGAAUGGUGGACAUUGGUUGCGAAAUAUUAUACAUUUUUAUACUGAUGCCUAGGUCAUUCUUCUACUAAACCAGCGCGCGCAUCAGUACCAUCACUCCACCAUAAAGCCGUUUAUCGUAAUCUGAGGUCCACGGAAUAUGCAAGAUCGCGACCAGACAAUCGGAUGUUAAAAUGUAUUUGGUCAAUUCCACGGGACCAAGCCCAAAGAUGGUAAUUUCCCACUUACACGAGUGGUUUUUACCAACUCAGACUUCUGUUUCCCUUUUGGGAGGCAGAAUUGGCCGUUUGAAACUAAACGUUCGACUUGGUAGACCAAGAUACGAGUUGGAUUGAAAAAAAAGUAGGUUCAACUCAUGGAAUCUGCAUCCUCGUGCAAGUUUCAGGAUUUUUAAUGACGAUUUAGUACUCGUUUCAUUGGGGAAUUUUAAAGACACCCUUUUGGUCCUGAUUAAAUCUGCAUGCUUAAUGGUAGAUUCUCAUAUCUUAGUGUUUUAAAAGUUAAGAUCUUUGUGUUUGAAUAUGUAUGGCCAUACUCUCUUACGUUCUAAGGCGUUCAGAUUCAAGUAGAUGCCCCCUUCCUGAAGGCUAGAAGCCGACUUUUGGGGCGUGAGCAAUAGUAGCCUGAAAGUUUUACUUAAAGUAAUCAGUGUUACAUCUGUUUCCAGGGUAAAGACCCAGAUACUGUCCUAUAUUCAGUGACAAGCACGAAAAAUAUAUAAUAAUUAAAUAUAAAUUCUUAUGGAAAUGAUACUAGCGUGCUCUCGCAGUCGCCAUCAUCAUCAUCGUCAUCCUCAUCAUCAUAAUGCUGUAAAUCCAAUAUUACUUGAACUGUUUCCGGUUCCACUUGUUUUGGGAUAUAUGUUUAUGGGUGCCUUUGUGUGCAUCUCUCAACUACCAGCUAGCACUGAUGAGGAUUUCACUAAAUAUGCAAUGGUUUUGUUCUAAGAUCCUCCAAACAUCAAGGGCUCUUACAUCUGGACCCCAUGUCUCCCAUGGUCGCUCUUCUUCUAUAUCGCUAAUUGAUUCUGCCUCAAGAAGUUUACUUUACUAUGUGAUGUCCUGUCUUUCUCGUGUUUCAUCACAUGGUUGAGCUUGUUUUGGUUAGCUUCUUAUAGAAACUUUUAAAACUGGUCUUCCAAUUCUCCUGAAUUGAAAGGUCGAUGCCUAUUUGCAUCCCCUUAUUCCUAUUUGAAUGUAUCUUCAACGAAGAAGCUCGAUGAGUUCUUUCAUGACUAUGCACCUAAUAUUUUCUGCCUAAAUAGCCACGCCUCUCUGUCCAUUGACAUCGCAUCUGAUUCUAAUAUUCCAGAUAAUGCUUCUUUGAUAUAAUAUCUUGAUAUGUAAUGAAGAUAUACAAUGGAUUAUGCCAAUAGUCAAAGCAUAUCACGUGAUCUAAAAAAAAAAACAUGUUAUUAUGGAGUUAUAGAUAAGAAAAGUCAUAGUUUAAAGUGAGCUCUGACAUCCAAUCGUAUCAUUUUAUGUGUGACAGGGCAGAAUGUGACCGUGAGUUAGAUUCUGAUACCCUUUAGCCGGGGCCCUCUUAUUUUGUCUUUAUACUCGAGCACUGCCACUGCGAAAAUCGAAAGGCUGUUGCACUAAACAACGUGGAGGACUUGUCUCUUCUGUGUACUAUUUCGUAGAGGUGUACUUGAGCCUUUAAAGUGCCAAAUCUUGGCUUGUGGAAGCCUGAUCAGGUUUUUUUUUAUCGUCAUGUCUUCAUGUAAGAAAAUGGUGAAGGCUUUUGGGUGAAGCGACCUAUUAGAUUGUUUCAUAGUGUGAGAAUUUACGGGGAGUGCAACCACUUCCCAUCUUACCAUAAAGUGUACACGUUCACAUUUUAUUUUUUCAUCUUCCUUUUAGCAUCACUUUUGUAACCGAAGUUUACCACAUUCACGUCUAUAGAAAAUUGAAAAAAUAUGAAUAACUUCAAUGGAGGUUUUCCUAUUCACCAUUUUUCUUUUCAUUUCUCAAUUUCUCGAUCUGCCAGUCAUUUAACUCCUCUUAAACUUUUAUGAGUUCAAAUUCUCCAAAGGUUUCAUCUUUGCCCAUAUUCUUGCAAGUUUUUUUCCUCUCUUAUCAAGCAGCUCUCAAUUCUGAUGUUCUGGUGGGUAACAUGAGUGGAUUUCUUGGCAUUGGCGAGUAUGUGGACAUUUUACGUUCGUCAUCUCCAAAUUCUCUUUGGGAAAUGUACUCUAGUCUGAAGUUUCUCGAGUAAUUAGUGUCACCAUUUGAAUGUAAUAGGUCAUAUCUUUUUUCUCCAUGUAAGUAUUGAACUUUUCGCCGUUUUUGUUUGACGGUUUCCAGUCUUUUACAUUAAGUAGACAACUUGAUGACCAUGUUUUGAGGUGGUGUUUCAAUUUUCAUCAAAUUGGUGCACAGGCAGUUUUAUGAUUUCGUACGCUUUAAAACCUGGUGAAAAGUGGAGUGGACACAGUUUGUAAGCUGUAUCCUUUUUUUUACCUCUUCGUUUAGUCAAGGAGUGCGUUGUCCUUAUGUUAUUACAUUCCCCUUUCAAAUGACGUCGGUACUAUGCAUGAAACAGAAAAGUUUACAAGUUAAAGCGGUCAGGAAUUUGAACUUUCUUAAUCCGCACUAAUGUCAGUCUCUCUGUGACCUUUUUUUGUAGGUCUUUGCCACCCUUGGCUAAGAAGUAUGUCCUGCAAAUGCUAUUUAUCGAUCUUCCAGUAUCAGCUAGGACAAUGGAAGAAUGGGUGCUUCCUGAUGGAUCUUCCAAACACAAAGUGGCAAUAGACAGGUUACUGCAGCUAAGAAUAUUCCUGGAAGUCAUUGAUAGGUAGACUCAUGCUCCAUGAUCUUCCAUCUUCGGUUUUACUUUAUUUUUUAUGUGUCUGAUGGCUAUUCCUUGUUUACAAUUUAAAAUCAGAAUCCUUGCAUGAAAUUCACUCUGAUAGGAGCAUACUUGUUGUAUGUAUAUGAGAAAUGCACAGACGCUAAUCGUCACACAAACAAAGAAAUUUGGCUACCAAUUACAACAGAUCGCAUUUUUCGCAUGUUUGGAAAAUUUCUCUAGAGGGUGUGAAUCACUUCUCAAGAAGGCUACUCAAUCUCAGGAUUUGCUAGGCACUUGUUACCUGUGGCAAUUGAUCUGAUACAGACGCCAGUGUUUAGGCUACAAAUAGUGACCAAUUAGGGUUAAUCUUAUUAUUUUAUCAUUUAUUUCUAAAGUUAAAUACUUUACAUUUUCUGGAAGAUUCAGAAAAACUGUUCCUAAUGCUGUGUAUGCUUGUCAAUGGAACUAAAAUUUAAAUUCAGUGUAGCCUGCAGAGACUGGUUUGGCUAUGCAUUUUUUUUAUUUCUUAUUUAUUCCAGUUUUACAUGCUCGUAAAUUAAAUGAGUUAAAUACAAAUAAACGAUAUCAUUAUGCUUUAAUCUGCAAUCUACAUAUUGUUGUUUUUGUAGCCCUUCAGCUGGGUAUUAUUUCAAUACUGUAAAAUUAGUUGUCUGUAGGCUGUCGAAUUUUCAAGCAGAUUGAUAUUUGGUGAUCAGAAAAUUUAUUUGAAUGAGAGCACUGGAUUUAAGUCCCAUAGGACUUGAUGUCUAUUUCUUCCACUCAUUUUAUUCUUUUUCACAGGAAGAGGGAGAGUAGCUACAGACUGAAUCCAAUUUUUCAAGAAAACCUACGAAAGUACCUGAUUCAUGGGUAAGAUUUAUUGAUGAAAGCACAUACAACAAUUUUUUAACUGAGGAUCUGACGAACUGUAAGAAUCGGAAAAUUUGCAUAUUCUGUGUACGCAUUUUGAAAAUAAAUUUAACAGUUAAAAUGUCACUUUUAUAUCUUCAGAAAAGGAAGAAAAUGUUACCAUGAUAAUUGCAAUUUCAGCACCAUACUAGAUGGUUUACGUUGAGGUUUUGAGUUUUGGUCAACAGGAUAGGGAGAAAUAAUAUUCGAGACAGCUUCUUGAAUCGAAUUUUGCUGUGGAAAGGGUUCCAUGGCUAUUUUUUCUUUUCGAGCGUGUAUAUGUCAUAACCGUGUCUUGAUAAUCCUAUACAUGGCUUCUUUAAGUUGUUCCACGUCUGUGUACAUUUGGCCUUCCUGAGGAAAAUUUCUUGACUUGUUUCUGGUGUAGAUUGACGUCAUUGAGUGGCGUACUCUAAAGAAGAACCAUUGAGUGACUCGUUUCUUUCUAUCGCGUAUCUAGCUUAAUCGUUGCGGUCUGUGCAUGCCCGUCUUUUAGUACCACCUGUGCAGAAUGAACCAUAAAUGUGAAGCUAUUGGUAUGAAAUCGAAGCUCUUCAGACUUAUUCAAUUAAACAUGUUGCAAGUUAGAGAAUCUGAAUUUUAAAAGUGAAUACUCUCCUUUCCUAAACUAUUUAGAAGAUUGUGAAAAACCCAUUUAAUUCAACCCAUCAGAAUUCCAUCCUACUUUCUCUAUCAUAAAAACAUAUCCUUAGUUUACACUGGAUCGCUAGGCGGUAUGUUGUUGAUUGUUUGAUGUGAUUUCCAUUAAAAAAAUGUAAUACCAGAAAAGAGCAAACAAUAUUGAAUGUGCUGUAUUAGAUCCUUUAAUAGCCGAUGCCUUGAACCACCAAAACAUGGCCAGAUCAACUGACCGGAGCCAAUGGACUGUUUCUGAAUUUGUUGUCCAUAAACCAGUUAAUCUAAUUCAGUUCAGCCUUACCUGAGCCCAUCCACCUGAUUCAACUUGUCCGAAUAGAUGGCUGCACCAGGUUUUGGGCCAUUAUGGUUGGUUCAAUCCUGUUCCCAAUCUGGAUCAGAUCGGAACCCGGUUGGUGAAGCCGCCUAAUCUGAUUCCAAAUACCAUGGUGGCACAACUAGAUUACUCUCUGGUUCAAAGGGGGCACCAUCGACGAUCCUGGUAUUGCCUGAUUUUAGAUAAGCAAAGGGGGGAGUGAAUAGCCUGGGCUUCUGCUCGUCAGAUCAUUAGGAGAGAAGAUUCGUCUGUAGCUAGCACAUCAUAGUCACAUAAGCUUACAUAUUAUUUCUAGCGACUGAAAAAUGAUAUAUCAACAAAGCGUGAAAACGACAUGUGGUCGUUUACCGCUAAAAUACCGACCCUAUGUUUUUGACGCGUGAGACGUGUGGUGUCUUAUCCUCUGUCUCUACCUAGCCUAGGUUGUUUUCUGCCAGUCAUUAUAGCUCAGCAUUUCCAAAAUUGUGUAAUCUGGGAAUUUUGAAGAAAGAUAUGAGGUUGAAAUAUGGAUGGCAAGAAGAUACAUCUCUCUUGGUGCAGCUAUCAUCCUCUCUCAAAUAUUGAGUUCUAUCCGCUGAAAAUCUACCUGUCGAUUUUCUGGAAUGUGCAAUUGCAGGGAAGCUUCAGUCUUAUGUCUCACAUCCUGAUUGCCCAUUCUCUUUCCCAAUAGUUGUCAAGUUUUUGAACUUUGAAGUUCUGGCCUGCGCCCCAUUUUCCGUAGUCACUUUUAAAAAAUACUUUCUUUGUGAUUGAUCUCUACCUGAUACUUCUUAAUUGGUUUUGUUGGAAGUUCGUCUUGUGGGAAACAGUUUCGUUCUAUUUUUUUUGUUUCUGUAGAGCGUACGUUUUUUUGUUUAGUAUACUUGAUUCCAUUAUUAUAUCAAAAUGUGCAAGAUCAAAACUACAAUGUCUUCUUGAAAUAGCCUCGUGGCUGUGUUUCUUCCUUCUGGAUUCUUUUCUUGUUGCUUGCUGAUAUCCUUCUAAGUUUGAAGCUGUCGUCUCUUAUGGUUUAUUACAAAUACAGUGGAACUUUACCACGAGAGCCAAUGCCCUCUAAUGUGACUGUGAGGCUGCCAACAUUGGAGGACCUUGAUGCCUAUGCCAUUGAGCAAUGGGAGGUUGUUCUCUUAGAUUUUGCGUACUCACUCAGCUGUAUAGUCCUAUGAAAAUUUAUUUAAUUGAUUAAUAAAUCAUGAGUAAUUUUUCUAUUGACAUGUUAAAAUCUUGUCAAACAGACAACUUAUCUUCAAACCUCUCUUCGCUGUCUGUUUAUGUGAGCAGUGUUUUUUGUUACAACUAAUUAACUCCGGUCAAGUGGAGCGGUUGACAGGCUUCAAUCCUUCUAUGAUAAAAGUUUUCCAGAGAGGCCUUUUGAGUACAAGGUUUUUCAUUUCUGGAAUUUAUUGCAAAAUAUAUUUUUACCAGUUGAAAAUACAUUAUAAAUGCUGAAAUAUUUGGCCUUUGAAUGAAUCCUCAGAAAGGUGGAUUUGGAUUUAUAUUUUUAUCUUGAAAUUUCUAUUUCCGGGAUGCUAAAUGGGCUUACACACCUCAUUUGCAGGGACAAUGAACCUCCAAAGUUAACUGAAAAUGGUUUCCAGUUCUUGGUUUGUACCACGUAUUGUUUUUCAUAGUUAUUUUAUACAAUUUUGGUUUUUUAUUUUGUUCAUGUUUUGUAUACAGUUAAUGGAUACUAAUGCACAGCUUUGGUACAUUAUUAGAGAGUACAUCUCCAGUUCUGAGGUGUGGAAUUAUGAUCCGUGUUCUUUUCUAGUGUACUGCCUUGUGUUAGUUUACUCCUGGUUGGCCUAUGUUUUGUGUCCUGUAUUAAAAUAAGAAUAAACAUUAAAUUUUCGGCGAGUAUGUAAUGGUUUUUGAUCCAAUUUGGUGCAGGGUCAUGGUGUAGAUCCUGCAGAAUUGAUCUCAUUUCUUCUUGAGCUUAGUUUUCACGCUCCAGGCAAGGUAUUAAAAACUGAACUUUAAAUACUGAUCUAUAAAUAUUCUGCAACGGAGUAAAUUUAUCAUGUUUUUUAUUUAGUUAUUGGGGAUGCUGAUGUGUUGUCCUCCAGUUCUUUUAUUUAUGAAGACUGAUUAGCUACGGUUGCUCAUUUUAUAUUCUCACAUUGUAUAAUAUCAUAAUUUCUUUGGAUAUUUUUACUGUAAACUUUUUUUAUUAAUUUUAUUGUUACAGAGAGGCUUAACAUUGUCAUACACUAGCAUAGAUUAGCUAGGAAAGUUGACUGUCUGUCAGUAGGCAUCCCUUCCCCCUCAGUAACAGGCUUAGCACAACUAUAGACCCAGGAAAGAGGAAAAGGAAGGUUGAAGGCGAAAGGAUCAGAUCAGCAGUCGUCAGCAGUGGCUGCAUACAACAAUCCGCGAACCUAUGAGAUCUAUCUUGACACUAGAUCAGCAGUAGCAGUAGGAAGGAUGAAAGGAAAGUUAGUUGCCGAAUGUGAAGAAGAAAAUGAAGUACCAGCACCAGCAGGGACCUUGGGAAUGGCUAGCUUGCCGGCAUUCUCCUUAGGGCCAAUAAAGUCUCCUUGGUUUCUUUUGUUUCCUGUUUCACGCUUUGCUUUCCGUCACGUCUCAUAGUUGAGGUAACAUGGACCAUCCUGACACAAUUAAGUCUUAAUGAAAAUAAAUUUAUCAAAAAAUUUAGUUAUCAUUGAUAAUAUUUGUUGAAAUCCCCUCGAUGCCUAAGAUCCAGAUAAUAACCCAUAUCCAAACAGAUUCAGACAGAUUCCUGACCUUGUUUCAUUGAUCGUAUUUUUGGCUACCUAGUUUUUCUGUGUCAGCUAAUGGAAGGCACCAAAUUCUGUGUCAGGCUCACCGUUAGGUUGAAAGCCUGAAUCUUAUUUCGUACACUUUAGUGUGAUUUCCAUCUUAAAAAAUGCACAUGCAUCCUUUAACCCGAUGUUCGCAUUUCUUUUUUUUUAGGCUUAUAAUAUGAAUACUCUUGCUGAUGUUCAAAAAUCUGCUAUCAGUGACUUAGCAGCUCUGGGAUUAGUCAAACUCCAGCAGGUGAAUGCCAUCCUUAAUUUUUAGCCAAUAGUUUUUCAUUUUUGUUUGAAGUGUCAGUUCGUUUCUGUAUUCUUGACUGAAUUUCUUCUUUCUCGUUUUUGUUGCAGGGGAGAAAAGACAAUUGGUUUAUACCCACUAAGCUGGCUACUAAUCUUUCAAUGAGCUUGUCUGAUUCUUCAUCACGCAAGGAGGUUUGAACCUCUUAAAAUCAUUAUGAAGGAUUGAUGUACUUAAACAAUCUUUCACCUAUUCACAUUUCUUACUGUAUAUUGUUUUUUUAGUGUUGAUACAAAUUAUGCAUUAGAUAUACAAAAGAAGAAACAGUUUUUUUUGUAAACGAGCUCUUGAGGGCACCCUCUGUACAAUAUUUCCAUUGUCCAUAGCAAGAUGGUAUGCAACAUUGUUUGAUCCCAACACUCUCUCAACAAGAAGGAAUAGUUGUCAAGCCUCAUUGGAAAAGUUCAGAGCCCAGCCCCCCCCCCCUUAAAGUCACUGUAGUGCAUUCAUAAAUGAAAAGCUCUCUACUGAAGAGCUCUGAUGCCUAAAAUCCAGUUUUUCUGUACAUUACAACUAAUUCAAAUUUGUUAUAUGUAAGGCAAACCACCAUACUUUUCUAUUUCAUCGGGUUAAACUUGAUUGUGAGUCGAAGAAAUUAUUGCAAAAGACCCAUGAGCAAGGGUAUUGCAUACCUUGCACACUCGUCUCUAAUUAUUGAGAUGCAUACUCGAGUAUCUUGCCAUGGUUCUGCAUCGGAUCCACUGAUGAUUAUUGUGACAGUGACCUCCCAGCCACUACCGCUCAAAUGUAGCAAAUUUCCUUCUUGAAGGAUUCUCCUUCACAUGAUAUAUGAUAUUGUACAUUUCUUGCAUAUCUAUCUCUCAAGAAGUAUGAGGCAAGUAAGAGUUCAUCUCAACCCUGGUGUAGUUAUGAUGGAAAGGAUAUUACUCGGGCAAAUGCAUCUUGUUUAUAAUGAUGUGACCACAACAAUAAAAGGAAUUGACUCAUGCUAUGAGUACUUUGAAAUUGACUUAAUAAUCUUUGUUUCAUCUCAUAUUAAUGUAUUUUUUUAGAAAUAUUAUUGAUUAUUUUGAAAAGUAUCCGAUAAAAGUAAGAUAUAUGAUUCAAAUUGCAUUAGUGAUAUGAAGCGCUUUGCCUUCAUUUCACUGUUUAAUGUAGAAUGUUGAAGGCCCGUCUUGUUGGAAGAGAAGUCUUAUGUCAGUUAUAUCAUUUUCUCUCACAUGCUUUAUUUAUAUUUUUUUAUUUGGAAGCUAUAGCAUGCAUUUUGACAUCAUUUGAUUCUAUCAGUAUUGUACAUCUGACAGAUCUCAAUAUCACCGUCACUUCCUCUUAAAUUUUCCAGCCAUUUGAUUCUAUCAGUAUUCUUAUUUUUGUUUGAACAUCUUUUUGCAGGGAUUUGUGGUCGUCGAAACCAACUUCCGGUUGUAUGCUUACUCAACCUCCAAGUUACACUGUGAGAUCCUACGUCUUUUUGCAAGGUAUCCUAGCGUUCAUAUUGUGCUUAGUACAUUUUUUAUGACAUUUCCAAAUUUUCUUACGCUAUUUUUAUGCCUUGAGAUAAACCGUAUCUGUGUACCUUUUUCUGAUUAUUUGGUUUAUAAUUUCCCUUUUAUCGGUUUUGAUAUUACUGGUCUUCUUAGACAUUUGGCAUACCUUUUUUAUCCUAUUAAAUCAUCGUAUUUUAGCCACGUUACGCUAUAUUAAAAAGUCAUGCAAUUGCCAUCAUCUAGCAUGAGAAUAGCUCCACUGUUACGGGGGAUCUGUAGACUGUCGUGUAUUGUAAAACAUUUAGUAAGAGUCUUUGGGAACAGUAUUUCAUAUCCAGCAGUACUACCGCGUAUAUUUAUUAAUUCAGACUGAUGCAGGCCAUCAAGAUUCAACAUGUAACCAGUCAAGGAAAAUCUUCUUCUACAGAUCAUAAUUUUUUAACCUUCGUUCUAGGCAGUAUUUCAUGAAUCGUCUUCAAUAUGCUUCUUUAAUUGUUUCCCAUUUGUGCAUCUGAAAAUUAGAAUUUCUCCUUUGAUUCUGCUCAUGUACAUGAACAUGACUUUUGAUGAGGUUUAUCCUCAAUCACCGUUACAGAGUAGAGUAUCAACUUCCAAAUCUUAUCGUUGGAGCUAUAACAAAAGAGAGUCUAUACAACGCUUUUGAGAACGGCAUCAGUGGAGAGCAGGCAAGUAUAAAAUAAUAGCAUCCACCAAUUAUUCUGUUUGGGAUCUUAAUGAGACGAAGCUGAUGUCUUAUUUCAUGGGAUUACUUGUUGCAUAGCAAUCCCAUAAGAUUUUCGUGAUUUCUUUCUAUCAUGUUACAAAACGAUUCAUCUUUUGUGAAAAUCUUCCUCGGCAAAUUCAAGUUUUCCUGUAUUUAACUUCUUAGUUUUCGCAUCAAAAUUUUCUGCUCCUUUUAUCGCAUAUUGCCUCCAUGGUGACAAUGGGGUUGGUGAUCCGGUUAGGACUUGAUGAACUCCAUCUGAUCGCUGGGUAAUUUGAUGAACAUCCCAUCAAACGGCUGCAUAUUUGAACAUUUUUCUACCUGGGGGGUGAUCAAAAAAGAAAAAAGUCAAUUCUCAUUUUCCUAGCUGACGAAAAGGGUAAUAGAAGAAAACAUAAAUUGAGAGAUACCUUGGUUGACAAUUUUAUGUGGAAAAACGUUUCAGAUAUUCCAAAACCUGAAAAAUCAUCUGGACACCAUGAUGUCUUGUGCUUCCUACCUCACCUAGAACCCAAGUCUGAGUUUAUCACUUCCCCAAUGCAUGAGAGUAAUCCAUUAACCUUCACUCGAAUCUGCAAGAUUUUUGGAAUGCUGUCUCCUCGACUUCUUAGUAAGGGAUAAGGGAAUCAGUACAACUUAUAAUUAAUGACAGAUAUGAGAGACCAACUUUAGACUUACCUUAUUUUUUAUUUAUGGGACUUGGACUGUUUUUAUUCAGAUAAAGGUCAACUUAAGCAUCUCAACGACAUUUAUAGAAUCCUUCGUGACACAAUCUCGUGAUUUCUUAUUUUUAUUUUUAUUUAUUUCUUCAGAUAAUUGCCUUCCUCCAGCAGAAUGCUCAUCCCCGUGUCGCAGAGAAGACACCUUCAGUACCAGAGAAUGUUACCGAUCAGGUUCCUACACAUCCCCGUUUAGAAAUCCGCUGCACAUCUUACACACUCAUAUGUGGAUUCAAUCCAUUCUACCUGGGCUACUUUCCCAAACGUUAUUUCGACUAUUUUCUAAAGUCUGCAGAGCAGCUCCUAAGUCGUUGCAUGCCGAUUUUUCUGAACUAUGCAGAUCAGAUUGUGGGAAACGGAUCGAAACAGGGUCGAGAUGGUCGCCUCAAAUCUUUAUGAUGAUUUCCCAUCCAAGGUGACGUUGCUGGCAUUUCAGACGUACCCUUUGCCACCAGUCUUUGCCCACCUAGUCAACUGACUUCUUGGGCUCCACCAUCUGGCAGGAGGUAUUCGAAGCGGCUUGUGACUUCGGAAGGGAGAUCGGCGGGCUAUUAUGGGAAGAUACAAAGAAGAUGUGCCUGAUCGUCCGCGGGGAGUCACACCAGGAGAUGCGAGAUUUCCUCAGGCGUCAGAAGUAG